AUGGCAGACGACAAAUCAAAGCAAGACACCGAAUCAGAAGCUCCUUCCCCAGCUAGAUUGCGUUCCGAAGCUCGAAAGGCGAAAAUUCUCGCAAGAGGAAAUGAUCGACUGGCCAAGAUUACCGGAGCAAUGAAAAGUAGCCAAAUCUACCCUCAUUCAGAAGCCGAAAAGGUCUCAACUGAACCACCAGACGUGGAUAUCUCCAAGUUGGAUUCAACCGAUCGGCCACCGAACUCUUCAAAUGCGGGAACCAAGCCACCUUCAUCAUCAACCAGUUCAAUUUCUACAAGCCAGAAAAUGAACGUACCUGAGCAGCCGACAAGGCAACUUCGUUCAGAUCCAUCUCUAGAUCGCCUAUCGAUGAAUUCCUCAAUUCCCCCCAAUGCAGCCGAUCCGAUGCUCCAAAUGAUCAAGGCGAUGGGACUCGAGAUGCCCAACUCAGGCGGCUUACCUUCCGACCAGAUGUUUGGCACAGAAGCUGCGCCCAACCCGAUGAUGCAACAAGCGUCUGCCGGCCUGAGUGGGAUGCAAAUGGGCAACCAGGCACCAAGAGAGAAGACGUGGGUCGAUCGGAUCUUCCCCUUACUCAAUCUACUCACAGUCAUCGGUCUCGUCGUCUCAGCUGUGCUAUGGUGGAAUCCUUUGUCGAACUACUGGAGAGUCCUUCAAGGCUCCAGCCCGAUUGCUGAGGACUCGAACAUCGAUCUGAAAGCUGAAUGGGAGGCUCUCUAUCCCUCUGGCUCGACCCCUGCGGUCCGUCAAGCUCUUGGGCCAGCACCAGUGUUUUGGAUGUUUGUGACGAUUGAAUUAGCCCUCCAGGCCACCAGAUGGAUGUUCAAUUGGGGUUCUGCAUCGUCACCUGGUUUGCUCGAUACCCUUAUAAUGUCACUGCCGAUGCCCUACUCUACUCUCGCCUCGACUGCUAUGAAAUACUUUGCCAUCACUAGUAGCUUGAUCGACGACCUUUGCCUCUUAAUCUUUGGGGUCGGCUGUGCGGUCCUUUGGCUAGAAUGGAAAGAUUUAUCCGAUCACAGUCUUUUUAGUUUAUUCCAACCGAACUGA